AUGUUCUUCGGCCGUUGCUUUAACCGAAGUCCGUCACCACCUUUGUGGCCAUCAACGACACUGAUUCCUCCGACUAUCCCAAUGUCAUUACAAACCAUCAGUGAUUGCCUCAGCUGCCCGCCAUUUCAUGCCAUCACUAUCGUCGGACGCUACCAGCUAAAAGUCAUAACCACCACCACAAGGUGGUGGCCGCCGCCGUUGACCACCACUACCCAAGGUGGGUUAAUUGGGCUCCAAUCAAAUUUAAUUGCUUUGUUUGGAAGAUGUUGCUUAAUAUGGUUCCACUACUCCAAAUAUGAGAUCAAAGGUUCUUGGCUGAUAUUUGGGAUUGGUUUGGUGGUGGGUGUGGGUUGCUUCCUAUUAUCCCGAUAAAUAAAGAAUACUUGCUUAUGGCUUUGAUAGCCACCGAUCUCGAAAAGAAAAUGAGAAAGUCAUGUUGGUUCUGCUUUAUUCAGUGAUCUGGAUCAUUUGUAAGGCUUGCAACAAAGUGUUUUUUUCACAUAAAGCAAUGUUCUUUCCUAAAGACAACAUAUGCUACCUAGGUGACUUCAUUUAAUUCGAC